AUGGAGACGCUGAACGGCCCGGCGGGCGGCGGCGCCCCGGACGCAAAGCCGCCGCCGUCCGGCCAGCACCACCGCCACCACCAUCUCCACCCGCUGGCCGAGCGGAGGCGGCUGCACCGCGCGCCCUCGCCAGCCAGACCCUUCCUCAAGGACCUGCCUGGCCGGCCAGGGGCGCCCAGCCCGGCCCCGGCGGCCCCCUCUUUGGGCCGAACCCCGGCGCCCGGCGCCCCGCGCUCGCCUAACCUCGCCAGCAAGGCGCCGCCCUCGCCGGGUUCCCUGGCCGCGCCCGGUCGCCUCUCCCGGCGCAGCGGCGGCGCCCCGGGUGCGAAGGACAAGCCACCGCCGGGCUCCGGGGCCCGGACUGCGGGCGGCACCAAGGCCGCUCCCGGCCCCAGGAGGGCGACGCGUGCGGCUGCCGCCGAGCUGCUGCCCAGGGCCGGGAAGCCGCAGCCACCGCCGCCCGGGGUCGAGCCGCUGCCAGCCGCCUCCAAAGGCCGAAAAGUCAAGCGCGGCUCAGGGGCACCACCCUCCCGUGCCGCGGGGACCCCGGCCCCAGCCACCCCGAUUCCCGCCGUGAUCCUCGCCGUGACCUCCGCGGCCGGGUCCCCGGCCCCCGGCUCGCGCUUCAGCCACACGGACAGCAGCUCCGACCUCUCCGAUUGCCCCUCCGAACCCCUGUCCGACGAGCAGCGCCUGCUCCCAGCCGCCAGCAGCGACGCGGAGUCCGGCACAGGCUCCAGCGACCGAGAACCCCUGCGAGGAGCCCCCACGACGAGCCCCGCAGCCCGAGGGGCGCAGCCUGGCAGCCCGGAGCUCCCGGCGCUUCUCGCAGCGCCCCUGCCCGCCUGUGUCAGCCCGGGGGGCUGGAGCAGCCUGGGCAGCGCCCCUGCGGGGUCCUCCGGGCCCAGCGUGGUGGAGGAUGCCGGGGGGCGCGCGCCGCCGGAGCGAGCGGUCCCGGGGACCCUCAAAGAUCCCAGCCCCAGCGAGCAGCCUCGACUGGUGCCCGCGGCGGCGGAGGAAGAGCUGCUGCGGGAGAUGGAGGAACUGCGCUCGGAGAACGACUAUCUCAAGGAUGAGUUGGAUGAACUCCGUGCUGAAAUGGAAGAGAUGAGAGACAGCUACUUAGAAGAAGAUGUUUAUCAACUGCAGGAGCUACGGCGAGAAUUGGACCGUGCUAAUAAAAACUGCCGAAUUCUGCAGUACCGCCUUAGGAAAGCUGAGCAGAAAAGCUUGAAAGUGGCUGAGACAGGUCAGGUGGAUGGUGAGCUUAUCCGAAGUCUGGAGCAGGACUUGAAGGUAGCCAAAGAUGUAUCUGUCAGACUACACCAUGAACUUGAAACUGUGGAAGAAAAGCGUGCUAAAGCCGAAGAUGACAAUGAAACUCUCCGACAGCAGAUGAUUGAAGUGGAAAUAUCCAAACAGGCUCUUCAAAAUGAGCUGGAGAGACUGAAAGAGAGUUCCCUGAAAAGAAGAGGCAGUCGGGAAAUGUACAAAGAAAAGAAAACCUUUAACCAGGAUGACAGUGCCGAUUUGAAGUGCCAGCUUCAGUUUGCCAAAGAGGAAGGCUCCCUGAUGCGCAAAAAAAUGGCCAAGUUGGGAAGGGAGAAGGAUGAGCUGGAACAAGAGCUCCAGAAGUACAAGACCCUCUAUGGGGACGUGGACAGCCCCCUCCCCACUGGGGAGGCCGGUGGGCCACCCAGCACCAGGGAGGCCGAACUUAAGUUGCGGCUGAAGUUGGUAGAGGAAGAAGCCAACAUCUUGGGCCGGAAGAUUGUGGAACUGGAGGUAGAGAACAGAGGCCUUAAAGCAGAGAUGGAGGACAUGCGGAGCCAGUAUGAGCGAGAGGGGACGGGCCGGGACCACGUCCCAAGCAUUCCUACCUCACCCUUCGCAGACUCACUGGAGUCCUCCACAGAGCUCCGCCGACACCUGCAGUUUGUGGAGGAGGAAGCGGAGCUGCUCCGGAGAUCCAUAUCCGAGAUCGAGGACCACAACCGGCAGUUGACCCAUGAGCUGAGCAAGUUCAAGUUUGAACCACGGCCAGAGCCGGGGUGGCUGGGGGACGGCACGGGCAAGGGCACAAGUGGCGCCCCGCUGCAGGAGGAGCUGAAGUCGGCCCGGCUGCAGAUCAAUGAGUUGAGUGGAAAGGUGCUGAAGCUGCAGUAUGAGAACCGGGUGCUCUUGUCCAACGUCCAGCACUACGACCUGGCUGCCCACCUGGGGCUGCGUGCCCCCAGUCCCCGGGACAGCGAUGCUGACAGUGACGUGGGGAAGAAGGAGAGCGAUGGGGAGGAAGGCCGUCCGCCCCAGCCCAAGCGGGAAGGCCCUAUAGGUGGUGAGAGUGACUCGGAGGAGAUGUUCGAGAAGACUUCGGGCUUCAGCAGCGGAAAACCGUCGGAGGCAAGUGAGCUGUGUCCAGUGGAGCUCUUGAGGGCCAAGGAGGACUCCGAGUACUUGGUGAGCAUAAAGCAGGAGGCCGAGAGGCUCGAGCGGACCGUGGAGAGGCUCAUCACAGAUACCAAUGGCUUUGGGGACAGCUCAGGGCCGCAGGGGAGCAGCGAGGCCUCACUGGGGCCUGGAGUCCAGGGGGCAGGGGAGAAGGGUGAGGGUGGCAAGAGUGAAUCCCAGCUGCUGGGGACCAUCAACUCAAGGAUGAAGGCUUUCAGGAAAGAGCUUCAGGCCUUCCUGGAACAGGUGAACCGGAUUGGGGAUGGUCUUCGGGAGCGCCUGGAAGGCCUGUCCCCCUUGCCUCAGCUCACAGAGUCCUCCAGCUUCCUCUCCACCAUGACCUCUGUAUCCCGGGACUCCCCCAUCGGGAACCUGGGGAAGGAGCUGGUCCCCGACCUGCAGUCCAAACUGAGAGAUCAGAUGGAGUGGCGCCUGGGCCCAGAGGAGCGGGAGCACCUGCGCCUGCGCACCACCCGGGAACUGCACCGCCGAGCCGAUGGGGAUGCUGGCAACGUCCGGCCGGGAGGCCAGAGCAGCUUCAAUUCAGAGCUCAGGGGCCCCCCUGUUUUACCUGAACAGAGUGUAUCGAUAGAGGAGCUACAGGGUCAGCUCGCACAGGCAACCAGACUGCUUCAAGAGGAGACAGAGACAUUUACAAACAAGAUCCGUAAGAUGGAGGAGGAGCAUCUCUAUGCUCUAAGGUGGAAAGAACUGGAAAUGCACAGCCUGGCUUUGCAAAACAGCCUCCAUGAGCGAACCUGGAAUGAUGAAAGGAAUCUGAUGCAGCAGGAGCUCCGAUCCUUGAAGCAGAACAUUUUCCUUUUCUACGUCAAACUCAGGUGGCUGCUAAAACACUGGCGGCAAGGGAAGCAGAUGGAGGAGGAGGGAGAGGAUUUCACUGAGGUGGAGCAUCCAGAGACUGUCCCUAGACUUGGAGAGCACGGAGUCCCAGGGGACUCCAAGGGGGAUGGUCCAGACCCAGACGGGGACAGUCCAAGCCGAAUCUUUAUAGGGGGGGAGCACUGCUCUCAGCUGGAGCCUGCAGAUCGAGGACAGCUCCAUGGGCAGGUGGUGGAAAACCAGCAGCUGUUCGGCGCCCUCAAGACCCUGCUGGAGGACCUGCGCACCGAGCUGCGGGAGGACGAGCGCGCCAGGCUGCGGCUGCAGCAGCAGUAUGCCAGCGACAAGGCUGCCUGGGACGUGGAGUGGGCGGCACUCAGGUGCCGUCUGGAGCAGCUAGAAGAGAAGACUGAGAAGAACUUGGGGGAGCAAGGCUGCUCUGUGGAUAGCAAGGGGGCAUUUAAGAAGGAGAGAGAAACCCACCAGAAGCUCCUUGCUGACAGUCACGGCCUGGUCAUGGACUUGCGCUGGCAGAUCCACCACAGCGAGAAGAAUUGGAACCGGGAGAAGGUGGAACUUCUCGACCGUCUGGACAGGGACCGGCAGGAGUGGGAACGGCAAAAGAAAGAACUCUUGUGGAAAAUAGAGCAGUUGCAGAAAGAAAAUAGUCCCCAGAGAAGUGUCAGUUUCCUCUGUGAUCAAAAAGACGGCAACAUCCGCCCCUUUGCCCACCCUGGAGGCCCCCGAGUGCCCUGCCCGGUGGGGGUGUGGCCCUGUGUCGAUGCAGACUCCACCUCGUUUGAAGACCGGCCCUUGUCCAAGCUGAAGGAGUCAGACAGGUGUUCGGCCCGGGAGAACCUCUACUUGGAUGCGCUGUCCCUGGACGAUGAGCCAGAGGAGCCUUCGGCACGUGAUCCCCACUUGGAAUUCAGGAACUGCCUCCCCGAGGAAGAAGAAAAUCACAAGGGAAAUCUUCAAAGGGCAGUGUCCGUGUCCUCCAUGUCUGAGUUCCAGCGCCUGAUGGACGUGUCUCCCUUCCUGCCAGAGAAGGGCCUGCCUGCUGCCAGCAACAAGGAGGACAUCACGCCACCCCUGUCCCCUGAUGACCUGAAGUACAUCGAGGAGUUCAACAGCAAGAGUUGGGAUGAGAGACCCUUGGACCCCUGGGCAGACAGGACCGAGGCAGGGUGGGCAGGAAAGGAGGCCAGUGCCGAGUCUUUUGCCGAUUCCUCCUGGUACCUCACCACGAGUGUCACCAUGACCACGGACACCAUGACCAGCCCGGAGCACUGCCAGAAGCAGUCCUUGAGGAGCCACAUCCGUGCCGAGCCAUCUGGGGUGAGGGUGCUGCACAGCCCCCCUGCAGUCCGCAGAAUGGACAGCAUCAUUGUGGUAGGCAGUGAGGGCAAGGGCCGGCUGGACCCCGAGUGCACAUUUUCUGCAACUAGAGCCAGAGGGAGCACAGAAGACACAAAGGGACCCUCAGAACACAUGCUUGGCAGGUGGCCUUGUGCCCCCUCCAAACACCCCCGAGACUACAUGGAGGGCGGCCUCCGCCCCCUUGAUAGCACCCUCUGCGCCCCCCUGGGGUUUGCCUCUCCACUGCACAGCCUGGAGAUGUCCAAGAACAUGAGUGACGAUAUGAAGGAGGUGGCCUUCUCCGUUAGGAAUGCCAUCUGCUCUGGACCCACUGAGCCUCUGGUUAAAGACAUGGCCUGCCAGACCAAUGGGUCCCGGACAACUGGGACUCAGACCAUCCAGACCAUCAAUGUUGGCCUGCAGACUGAAGCACUGCGCGGCAGCGCCAUCACCAGCAGCCCCCACAAGUGUCUCACACCCAAGGCGGGGGGUGGUGCCACACCCGUGUCAUCUCCUUCUCGAGGACUUAGGAGCAGGCAGGUGGCCCCCGCCAUUGAGAAAGUACAGGCCAAGUUUGAACGCACAUGCUGCUCCCCCAAGUAUGGGUCUCCUAAGCUGCAGAGAAAGCCCCUCCCCAAAGCUGACCAGCCAAAUAACAGGGCCUCCCCAGGGCUGGCCCAGAAAGGGUGCAGCGAGUCAGCCUGGGCCCGCUCCACCACCACGCGGGAGAGCCCCGUGCACACCGCCAUCAAUGACGGCCUCUCCAGCCUUUUCAACAUCAUUGACCACAGUCCCGUCGUGCAGGACCCCUUCCAAAAGGGGAUGCGGGCUGGGAGUCGGUCUCGCUCAGCAGAACCCCGGCCAGAUCUGAACCCAGGCCCAGAAACUGGCCCCAGUUCCCGGGGACGGUCACCCAGCCCCAUCGGGGUUGGCUCAGAGACAUGUAGAGAGGAAGGGGGAGAGAGCACACCUGUGAGGCAGGACUUAUCUGCUCCCCCUGGCUACACACUGGCCGAGAAUGUGGCCCGGAUCCUCAACAAGAAGCUGUUGGAGCAUGCCUUAAAGGAGGAGAGGAGGCAAGCUCCUCACUGCCCCCCAAGUCUUAACAGUGACAGCCACACGAGAGAAACAGUCAAAGCUGAACCAGGGUCCAUGGAGGAACUACCUUGUUCCGCACUAGCUCCAUCCCUAGAACCCUGCUUCUCCAGGCCCGAGAGACCAGCAAACCGUCGCCCUCCAUCCCGUUGGGCCCCACAUCCCCCCACUGCCUCACUGGCUCUGUCACCCGGAGACCCGACCUCCCUGGAGGAGUUGGGCGAUGAGGAGCCGCCCGGGGAGAAACCACACCUGUGACGUGAUGCAAGUUUGCAUGGAUUAUCCCGGAAUAAUUCACUGUAAUUUGCAAAACCACACCAUUGUCAUCAAUCAAACUCUGCCCAAAAGGAGAGAGCUAGUUUUCCCAAGGUCAAAGAAUGUUUUUUAAAAAACACACAGCUGCUGAAUGUUCAACCUGUGAAACUGAGAUGUUUCUAGAAUGAAACAGUAAACGUGCCUGUAAUAAUUUUUUUCAUAGCUCAGAAAACUAUUUUUGUCUCCAUCUUUUUUACACAGUAUAUUAAACAAAAAGGUAAAUAAGAUAUAAAUAAAUUUAAAAUAUAAAAGUUUUAAAGAUGUACAUUUUAAGAGAUCCUGAACCCUUGCUCCCAAUACUGACUGCCUCUCUGUUGAAAUUUGCACUGUUACAUUUUGGUUUGAUUUAUUUCCCAUGUUGGAUUCCAGUGUUUUAAGUUAAUUUUAUUUUGUCAGUGUUCUUAUUCAGAAUUUUUGAAAUGCUUCAGACUGUCUGAUUCAGUGAACAUUUUGUAGUGAAAAAAAAAAAAGCCAUGAAGCCAGUACACAGGACAGAGAUCCUAUAUGUUGGAAAGGAUACAGCAUUUUUUGAAAAGGUACAGAGUCCUCACUGGGCUUACAGAAUUCUCUGUAUAAUCCAUACAUCCUCCUCGACCUGCACGUCUUCAGGUUCGAAGCACCUGUGUGCAUGUACAUUACCCCACGUGGUCUCACCAUCACCUCCUUGUGAGUUGUUGUCCACUGUAAAACAUUGUGAUUCCCUUGUACUGUACUUUUAUUGUUGUCCUCUUGCAUUGAUGAUACAACAGCUACGGCAUUUUAAAAUUAUUGUUAAAGGAUUUAACUGGCAAUAUACAGUGUUUACUCAGUUUUUUUUUUUGUGUGUGUGUAAGGAAAAACACUACAAAAAAAAAUCAUGAGAAUACUAAAUUGAAACGAAGGCUGUUGCCUCGGAGUCUGUAUGAGACGAUGAUGAAGUAGAAAUAAAGCCUUUACAAGAUGGCAGCCUGGUCCCUGAUCUCGUGUUUCCCGUGCC